CUUGCGCCUGCGCUUCAAGUACCAACAUGGCGGCGUACUUUCGUGGAGGAUUCGUCUGUGAUAAAUAGACACGAUUUCGGGCUUUUCUGUCCUCUUAAGUGAAAAUGGAAUUCUCUGACACAAUUUCUGAUCCACAAUCAGAAGUAAAAAAAUUGCAAGAGCUUGUAAAAAAACUUGAAAAACAGAACGAAUUAUUAAGAAGCAAGCAGAAACUAAACUUGGAUUCUCUACCAAAUGGCGAAGUUGACAAACCAGUCAGUCAUAACAACAACCAUCAGACAGACGGCUCAUCUACACCCAUUAAGGAACGGGAUUCAAUAGGAGGACUUGAGGAUGUUGAUGUGCUCGACGUGGAUAAUCUUUCUCUCAAAGAUGAGGAGGACAGCUGGCUGUACUCGUCUCCAAAGCCUCCCACCCCUCAGCAGACAAGCAUCAGUCUUUAUAAAUGGGUGCGGCAAGACUUUGACCACCCUAGCCCAGAAGUUGAAUCAGCUCGACGUUCUUUGUUGUACAAACUUGAUGAAGUGGCUAGAAUGAAUCGGAGCUCAAGCACCCCGGCUCUUGGUACCUAUAUCUCACCCAAUAAAUCUUCACGCCUUAGUCGAUCCACAGAUGAGUCCAAGCAGUAUAGUCGAACGCAGCGACAGUCUUUGCUGUAUAUGCCUGGAGGAGGCAAAGGAAUUGAUUCUGGGACAUUUAGUCGCUCGAGAAAAUCUCAUGAUCGCACAGCACACUUGCUUCCAGACCGAGACAGAGACGAUGAAGGUGUGCACAGGCAUGAGGUUACAGAUGUGGAGACUCUUGCAAAGCAGCAGGAAGAAAGUUUGCGACAAAGCAUGGCAACAUACAGUUCUCCAAAGAGAACCUCCCGCAACAAACCAGUAUCUUAUACUAGUGAUACAGACAACAGUGCAUCUCCAUCUGGCUCUAACAGGUCUAGCCCUGGAAGAUUUGACAAUGAAGGGGGAUAUAUUGGUCGGCACAGGAACAGCAUCGGAUCAGACAAUGGUACACCACCUGACAGCCCUCAUCCACCUUUGCAGCACAAUAUGCCUGGGUCAGAAUCUGGCCAUAUACGUCGAAGCAUGCCCAACAUGUCACGCUUGCAGUACCCUCAGCCUGGCAUCCACUCCAGUGACUCCAGUCUUGAGCACCAAUCUGCAGGUAGUGCAGAUGAUCUCAAUUUUCUAACAGAUGGUCGCAACAAUGCGCGUCUACCUGCUCCUGGUUAUCGAGCAGCUUCCCCAGCUAUGGGUGGAUUAUGGCAGGGUGCUGCAGGAGCACGAGGAGUAUCUCCUCAGAGGAGCAAUUUACCUACACCACGUCGAUCUAUUCCUCGGCCUGCUGGCAAUUCUGGCAGUCGGACAUCCUUGCCCACACCAAGAAGGUCCCAGAUCCCAUCUCCACGACCACCUUCAUCCCAGGGAUCUGAUGAAAGUUGGCGAGACGGUUGCUUCUGACAGAAAGUGCCAGUUUAAUUUAUUCUUCUACCGCUUUCUUGCUUGUGUGAGGAAUGCGGCAUUUUAACAUGCAUCAAGUAAUUCUAGUGCAAAUUGCUGCUUUGUUCUUGAUGUACACCAUGGUCAGAUGGUUGACAUUUGGAUGUGGACACAAUUGCCUUCUUUUGCUGUGGAUGCUGGGAGCCUAUGCUUGCUUCAGAAAAGUAAAAAAAUCACUUUGCAGGAUCUUGGAAUAAACUUACAGCUGGUGAUUUCCAGUGUGAAAAUGUGCUUUCAGCGCUUUCUCUCUGAGAAGAUUUAAAAAAAAUGCCCCUAAAUUUGAUUUGUAUCUGUUGUCAGGGCAAUUAAGUGUCUUAUUCAGAAAAUAAGUUCCUUUUGCCUUGAUGUCACUUGUUUAGAUGUAGGCAUAAGUUGUGAAAGUAGCAGUACCUUAACUCUUUGGUGUUUCACUGACUUGACAUCCUUAGCAAAUUUCAAUCCAGUUGACAGGUUGUGUGAAAUUAUGAUGCAUUACAACUGGAAUUUAACAAUAAGGAAUUGUGAAAUCAAUGUUUGAGGAAGUGGUGACAUUUUAAUAAUAAUAAAGAACAGAGAAAAUGGACAAAGAAAUGUCUUUUGUUAAUAUAAAGAAUCAUGACAUGCAUACCUAGGCUGAGGCCAAGGAAUUCACAAAGACUUUUAAAAUAAAAGUCCAAAGAUGAAAUGUUGGAAUACUUCUUGGUAGUUGCAGGUCCUCUUACCUUUUCCCUCCUUUUCAUCAGUGAUAUUGCAUGUAAAAGUUUCUUGUAAGAAACAAUGACAUGAUGUGAUUUAAGUCUGUUCAAAACCAGUGGAAUCUUUGUCUCACUUUUCCUUUUUUCUUUUUAAUUCCUUCUUGUGUUGCUGUCCUUUUUAUUUGUAAAUGAAGUGAAAAAGCCACUUCUAAAUGCAACCUUUUUAUGCUUACUGUUAAAAAAAGUGUGGACUUUUUCUUUAUAUAUUCCUUGACAUUUGUGACUGCAAAGAAAGCAGAUGUUGAUGCUUGCAAGUGUUAUGAACAUGAUAUUAAUUGACAUUAUUUGUGCUGGUUGAGAAUUGAGAUGAAGUAAAUAUGUGAGUGUAUGAAAGCAUUAACAACAUAAAUGAGCUGAAUUUAUUAAGAUCUAAUAGCAAGAAAAAUGGGAGACAGGAAAAAAAGGAUCAAACACUGAUCUCAUUGUUAAUCCUUAUGUUACUUCAGGCUUUGACGAGAAACAUGUUAGCCUUCCAUCUUCACACCUCUUCAUAGUUUUGUUGUUGUCUGGUGAUUAGCAUUGUCUGUAUAGAGAAGUGUUUAUGAAAAAAAGGUGUCAAAACUAUGUAUAUCAGUUUAUUGUCCAGUUUCUUUUGUCCAAUUAUCAAAACUUUGGGCUUCAUGGAAAUAAUUAAAAUAAUUCCUUUCUGAAGUAAGGUUCAUUAGAUAUGCUUGUCAUUACAACCUGCAAACCAGGCGAAACUCUAUUGUAAGUGUUUUUGUAGAGAAUGUGGUACAUGUGAGUAGUUAAAUCUGUUGACAAGAAACAAAAUUGCUUUUAAAAAAAUUUAGCUGCAGUCAUAAUUGUCGAUGCUGGCAAUUAUCAUCUUUUUUAGCAAGUGAUCCAUAGACUUGUGACAAUCUUAACCAGACUGCAGCAUUUUCUCUUAGGAAUAUAAAAGUGCAAUCCAGCAAACUCCAUAUUUUACCCGUAGACUGGAAUGAAACAGCAGAUUUUUAAGGCAUUAUUUUUUAUGUUCUUUAAACUAGUUCGGGAAGCUUAGACAGUGAUUUCAUUUUUGUUAAGUCCGUCAAAUUUUUUGCUGUUGUGAUUAGCAAACUUAAAGCCCUCAUUGGUUCCUUGUUUUCAUGAUCAGAAGUAAAUACAUUUGACAUUUCUCUUUUUUUCCCCCUGUGUCUUUCCCCUUCUGUUUAUGAUAUUCAGCUAUGUUUUAGUGGAUGGUUCUGCUCUUAUAUAAAUCUGUUUGGGCUGAUUACAAAUGUAAUGAUGAAGACAUCUGAAUUACAAAAGGUAAAUAUUGUAUGAAAACCAUGUCCUUACAGAAUAUAAUCCAAGGUAUAUAAAAAAAAGCCUGUGAUAAAAAGAGAGUGGCUUGUUGCUGUGACAUCAGUGUCAUCAUUUAAUGUGCAUGUUGGUCAGUAAUCAUUGGUCUUAAUUUGUGUGUGAUUGUUUAGAAAAUAAAAGCUCUUGGAAAUUUCCUAUCAGUCAUAUACAGCAUUAUAAGCAUGUCAAUGCUACUUUAACAUUUUUAUUAUUCAGUUUCCAUCUUCCUAUAGUUGAUAGUUUGAAGAAAGAUUUUUCCACCCCCCACACCCAUCAGUAAUGCCUUUCAUUUUAGUCACUUAUUAUCUGGUAGAGUAGGACUUUGCAACGAUGCAUAACUUUAAAGGAUACACCUAAAUUGCUAGUUAUCAUGUAAGUUAUAGUGAUUUGUAAAAUAUUUAAUACAUCAUUAAGAGCAAAGAAAGUAGUUUCAUAAAGUACACAUUAGUUAUUGUCUUUUUUGUGUUUAUUUUUUUAAUUUACAUUUCCUGUUCUGAGUAAUCAUGGUAGACACAUAACUGUCAUUUAUAAUUUGUAUUUGUUAAAAUACCAAAAUGUGUGCAGUCAAUUUUAUUGUCCAAAUGCAUAUUUAAUAAGCUAAAGAUAGUUAUUUAUAUCAGUUCUCCAUAAUCACUCUGCAGUUGUCAGCUUCUUUGGGGGAAAACAAAUUUUUCAAGAUUAGAUCGUUUAGGAUUGAUAAUGCUGAUAAUCUGUAGAGCUCUUCAGGAAGGGGAGAUAGCCUAGUUAUUUUUCCUGACAUGGAGGUUAACAUGGCUAUAAGCUGGUGGCAGUUGGAUGGUUUUAUUAUUCUUUUAUAUUAUAACAGUGAAAGAAUGUGUUGAUAUAUUUCUUAUAUGGCUCCCUAAACAAUGUUUUCAAGCUGAAUAACUUUAUAGCAGAUCUUGUUAAUUUUGUUGGAGGUCCAGUGGCUCAAGGGUUUGUCACCAAUACAGUGAAGGUUGGCUGUAAUGGGUUCAGCUUUUGUCUCGGGCACGCUGUUCUUUCUUUGCAUGUGGCAUCUGUUUACAGGGCUGGCUGUCUUGUCGUGAUAAAGCCUUAGUUGCUGGCUCAGUGUAAAACACCAGUCCCCCCACCCUUUGUUAAUUUUGUUUUUACAUCUGAUUUCUAAAAAUAUACAAUUUGGAGAAUGUGAACUAUAGAGUUCAGAAAGACGGUAAGGAAUUUCCUCUCUUUAUCUUAUGAGAUUAUCCAAUUCAUGCAUCUUAUAAGCCUUUGUACGUAAGUGUUCACACCCUUCAUAAGUUGGUAUAUUGUGCCAUUGAAACCUUGGCUUUUAUCCAUUGCAACUGAUUAAAGAUAUGUCUUGCGGCCUUCACAGUUUGCUAUCACCAGGCUAGACAUUCUUCAAGGUGUGAUGUCUUUUUUAAAAAAAACUGGUUGUGUCAUAUCAGACAAAAAAAUGUUGGAGUGUUUGUAGCUUAUGUGUUUGGCAACCUCAUCUCUUUUUUCCAGAUGGAGAGCUGGGGAGUAAGGAUAAUCAUCAUCGCCGAACCAGAAAAUAUUUGUAUAGACCUUGGGAUUUUUUCCCGUAAAUUCCCGUGCUUUUUUGGGUUUUUUUUUUUUUAUUCCUUAUUGAUGUAGAAGUCAUUUUUACCUUUUUAUGGUGUAUAGGGUUAAAGAGGGGAAUAUAGAAUAUUCAUGCUUUGUAUUUGAGCUUUGUAUUUGUGGACAGUAGAAAUAACUAAGAAAGUGUUUUAGUUUUACAACAAAAGUACAAAAAAUUUUAUGAUGUUAUGGUCAUGAAAAAAUAAUUCAUCUGUACACUUUAUAUUUGCAUGAAAAGACUACUUUUCAGAAAACUUCUACACCGUAGAGAUUGUUAUUGUAAAUUACAGGAAUUAAAAUGUGGAAACUGUCCUUUCUGUGGUUAAAAGCACUAUAGAAAACAUAUGAUCAUGGAGGUAACAGGCUGCCAGUAUGGUGUUCAGCAUGCUGUUAAAAGUUAUAAAAAAGGCUGAAUAUCAGGGGGUAAAGAAUGUGUUAGAAAUUAUACUUUCAUAUCAUUUCAUUGUUUUUGAAAAUACUGCUGUUGGCUUUCUUGAGAUGUAUGUUGGUGUAUUUUGGACCCGGUGUCCAGAAAGAUAUCUCAUUUGCAGGACUGUGUUGUAAGAAAGCAGUAUCUAACAAGACUACUGCAGUGGUGGUGAGCUGUGUAGCACUACUAAAAGUUUGCGGCUUUUUGGGUGUUGUAUAGAAUUUAUGAUCAAACAGGUGCAUUCACUGGGCCACAAGCCAUGACUGACUGAUUUCUUAAAAUCAGGCAUCAUCUUUUCAAAGCUUACAGUACAAAGGACGAUUCUGCUCAGUGUUUACAACACUUAAGAAUGACAAGAGGUGAAGAUAAAAAGAAAUAAAGAUGUCUCAGUGCUUAA